AUGAGCCAACCUAUGCAGGAGAAAUAUGCUCAAGAGCACGAAUAUUCGACGUCGGCCACAGCUCCUCGGUUCAAGUUCAACGACUCCAGGAAUGCUUCUUCGGUAGCCAUUCAUCAACAGAACCUGGCGAACAGGUACUUCCGUUCUCGCCGGAUAGGCAAAGACAACAUCGAAAAGCCCUGGCUUGAAAAGAAAGAUCCUCGACAGCGUUGGCUCAGCCUCUUCCCACUAAUUGGCCUUCUGAUUGGGCUCGCACUUUCGGGGUAUCUGGUGUACGACGGACUUGCUUCUGUGGAGACGCCGGUGUACUGCUCCGUAUACGAAGACGAUUUCACCAAUGGCUUCGACGACAGGAUCUGGACAAAGGAAGUCGAAGUCGGCGGAUACGGCAAUGGACAAUUCGAAGAGACAACCAGCACGGACGAGAACGUCUUUAUCAAGGACGGAGUCUUGACCAUCAAACCGACGUUGCAGGAUGCCCGUCUCAUUGAGACCAACAACAUCAUCAACCUUACAGCCAGUGGUCUUUGCACCACUGAUAGCUGGAGUAGCUGUGUGACAAGUACCAACACCACCAACGGAACGAUUGUCAAUCCCGUCAAGAGUGCCAGGAUCAACACCAAGAAGGGUGCUUCUAUCCAGUUUGGGCGGAUAGAAGUCGUUGCAAAGUUGCCCGCCGGUGACUGGCUGUGGCCGGCGAUCUGGAUGCUUCCGGUCAACGACACCUAUGGUCCUUGGCCAUCGAGCGGAGAGAUCGACCUUGCGGAGUCGCGGGGCAACAACUGGACGUACGGUAUGGGCGGUAACAACAUCGUCAGUUCCACUUUGCAUUGGGGACCGGACGGCGCGAAUGAUGCCUGGUGGCGGACCAACAACAAGCAACAUGCUUCGCACACCACUUAUGCCGCUGGGUUCCACACGUACGGUCUUGAAUGGACACCGACCCAUAUCUAUACCUAUAUCGACACCCGCCUCAUGCAAGUUCUGUACACCAAUUUCAAGACGCCCUUCUGGCGGCGCGGCAAGUUCCCUGUUUCCGACACCAACGGCACAGCUUUUGUGGACCCAUGGUCGCAGACAGGGAAUCCCGCAACACCAUUCGACAAGCCAUUCUACCUCAUCCUGAACGUCGCAGUUGGUGGGAAAAACGGGUGGUUCGAAGAUGGCAAAGCUGGCAAGCCCUGGGUGGACGCCUCACCCACGGCACGGAAGGAUUUCUGGGACGCCAAAGAACAGUGGUACCCAACGUGGCUGGAAAACAGCGAGAUGCAAGUGAAAAGUGUCAGGAUGUGGCAGAGAAAAGGUUACGGAACCUGCAAAUAA